UUUAUUAUAGCCAUUGGAGACUUACACGUGCCACAUAGAGCACAUGCCAUACCACCAGAGUUCAAGAAGCUAUUGGUACCAGAGAAGAUUCAACAUGUAUUGUGCACAGGCAACUUGGUUACAAAGGAUAUGCAAGACUACUUGAAGCAGUUGUCAAGUGAUGUACACAUUGUUAGAGGUGAUCUUGAUGAGAACACUUCACAUCCAGAUACAAAGGUAGUCACUAUUGGACAGUUCAAGUUUGGAUUAUGUCAUGGACAUCAGAUAGUACCAUGGGGUGACAAGGCUGCACUAUCUGCACUACAGAGACAGUUGGACGUUGAUGUACUUAUCACUGGUAACACACACAUUGCAGAGGUAUCGGAAGCCAACAACAAGUUAUUCGUCAAUCCAGGCUCAGCAACAGGUGCCUUUAGCACUCUUACAAAUGAUGUAUUCCCAUCAUUCAUAUUGAUGGAUGUUCAGGGCAACAACAUCAGUGUGUACAUUUAUAAGAUUCUCGAUGGACAAGUCAAGGUGGAGAAGAUUGACUACUCAAAGCAACAAUAA